CUAGAUUUUCUAAAUGAAGGGUCCAAAUUUAGUUAUUCAACCUAUCUUGAGCCGUCUAUUGACAAUAAUUUUUCAUAUUAAGGGUUUUUAAGGAAAGUGUAUUUAUGAAUAACAAUGAUGUAGUGAACACCCUAAUAUUUUAUGAUUUUGACAUAUAGAUAUAGUAAUCAUCAUAGAUUAAAAAAAUCACAAUUAAUUUUAGGGAUGACAACAAAACCCGAACCUACGGGUACCCUAUCCACCCAACCCGGUUACACGGGUUUUACCCGCGUGAAGAAUCUUCUUUGGGCCGAGUUUGGAUUUAAACUCGUUCACUAUUCACCGAGUUGGGUUGGGUUUGGGUUUGGGUAAACCCGCCCCAUGGGUACCCGCUCACACCCAUAUAAUUAAUUUUCCUGGUAUAUUUAAUAUUCUAAACAAUUAAUCUUCUUUAUGUUUGUGGAGACAUGUCUAGUUUUUCUUUCUAAUUGUCUAGAAUGAAGUUGAUAUUAUCGAAUGAAGAAUCUUAUGAUAAGGAGGAAGAAGCUUUCAAUUAAUCAUGUUGUUUAUGGAUAAUUUGUGAUUUGCUUCAAUUUUCUUGAGUUUUCUGGAUUAGUGUUGAACAAUUUGUAUGGUUAAUUUGUGAUUUGUUUGAAUAUUCUAGAAUGGUGUUUUAUAUAUGGAUAGUUUAUAUUGAGAGAUUGAUAUUUGACUUUUAUUUUGAUAGGAACUUGUUAUUGUAAAUUUUUACGAUAAAUCCCCAUGGGUACCCAUGAACCCGCGGAUACCCUGUGGGUUGGUUUUUGAUAGGAACUUGUUUGAGUUUUUCACACCCGCUGGGUUUUACCCUGGAUUUUUUUCACGGAUAAACCCAUAGGUUUGGGUUUGGGUUUGGCAAAACCCGACCCAACCCAUUGUCAUCCCUACGUAAUUUGAUUAGAUUUUUACGUAUUGAGGUUGGUAAUUUACUAAUAAUUUGUGAUUAAGCGAAGACGCUAGGCUAACAAAUUUAUUGCGGCUAGCCCAAUGGGUUAAGACUUAAGACUCACUGAUACAGUGAUACUCGGUAUCAGCUAUUGGUUGGGCUGAAAAUUGGUCCGACCUGUCGCUGAUUUUGUCUAACCUUCUUCUUAAGGGUUACGAUGUAUAACUGAUCCGCCCCUUUUUUUUUAUCAUCCUGCCUGAUCCUUUAGGGUCGAGAUGGGUUAGAAAAAAUAGGAUUAGUGGGUUGAGCCGACUAAUUAAACCAUUUCACUUGUUAAACCGAUGAGAUUGUAUAGAAACCAGUUUGAUAACCUUCUUCUCCCUCCUUUCAUCGAGAAAAACGAUUCCCUGAAAAUGACGGACCAUUAAACCAAAAAGAACGCCAUCUCUUUGCCACUGAUGACUGAUCACUCCCUUCGUCCUUCUCCAUUCCAAUCUCCCUCUCCCUCGCCUCUCUUUUUUUUCUACAAGAACACGACGAAGGGAAAGCCGCAAACCGUUCUUCAAUCUGCCUUCUCCCCUCUUCUGGUAAUGACGAGAAGGAAGAGAGGAAUAACGACGGCGCCGGUGAGACCGAUGGCCAAGAAUGUCAGAGGUAGUUUUUGUUUUUGGGUUGCAUGUCAUUUAUUAGGGUUUUCUCGGGUUUCUUUCUAGGUAAGGUGAUUUUGAUUUGUUUCUGAUUGCUUUUUCUGGAUUCUUUGGACGAAGGGAGAUGAAGAGGAGAUCGGAAACCGCCGGCGGCAGUGGCGAAGCUUCUUCGGCCACUGCGGUGGCGAGGCGAAGAGAGCUAGCGGAUUCAGAUAGUUUCGGAUGGCGAAUAGACAGGGGAGAAGAGGACCACUGCCGGCCGCCCCGGAUUUCGCCGGCGGCGAAGAUGACAGCGAACCGAAGGGGACCUUUUUGUUUGGGUGAGAUUUGGUUUAUUUGCUGGUUUGACGUUCCGAAUUCUGAAAUCAAUGGUUUGGAAGCUUAGUUUUUAUUACUUGACUCAAAUUGGUGGUUACUUGAAAUUAAGAUUGGUUUAUGGUUCAAAUGAUCUGAGUUUGACUCUAUCAUUAGCGAGUUCUGUAUUUUUGUGAUGGUUCAAUGAGACCCAAAUAUGGGAAACUGUGUUGUGGUGUUCAUGAUAAAUUUUGUGGGUUUUGAGGUUCAUGGUCUGAAAACUCAGAUCUGAUAUUUUGAUCAAUGGGGGGGUUUCGAACGGUUAUGAUUGUUUUGUAAAGAUAUGAAUGAAUUUGGAAAUUAAGUGUUUAUAACUGGAUUUUUGUGUGCAUCUGGUGUUUUGUAAAUCUGAGAUUUCUAUGAGCUUAUAAUGGCUUCUGUGUUUAGAUGUUAGCUUGAUGCAGCAUAAGAUAGAAAAUACUAAACAAACUUAAACAUUCUAAGCCGGAAAAGAUAGAAAACAAAUCUGAUUUUUUGUUGUGAUAUGCUUAAACAUGUAUAUGCAUCAAUGGUAAGACCACAAAACAGUCACAGAUCUGAUUUCGGUUGCCUUGAUUCGUUAAAGUCGUUACUACCAUGUCGUAGUUUGCUUGAAAAUCAGUUGUGUUUGACACCUUUGGUACGAAGUAAGCCAAUGGGUUUUCUUGGAUAGAUUUUCUUAAAAGAAAAUACAAACUUGUAAACAGAUGAUUAUAAGUGAUGCAAGAUAGAGAUGAUGAGAUUUACUUCGGGUUACCAAGCUCUGUUUGUAGUUUGGGGAGGGUUCCGAGCUUUGAUGAAGUCUCAUGGAGUGCUCUUUCUGCUUCUUCUGCAACCUUCAGCCUGGUCCGUCUGUUUUUUUUUUUUUUUUUUUUUUUUUUUUUUUUGUUGCUGUGAUUUUGCAGUGGGAUGUUUGUUUGUGGGUCUUUUAAUUUCUUGCUUGUCAAACAAAGGCAGAAAGUGUUGUGUGGUUUGGUGGCUUGUUUGCUUGUGAAAUCUGUCGGAAAACAAUGAAAGAGCCAAGAAGGUUGUUGCUUUUCAGUGUUUUUCUUACUCCUGAUCUGCCAUUUCUCUAGGUUGCUUCGGCUGCUUUUGUGUUUCUCUAGGGUUUCUGCCGCCAUUUUCUAGGGUUUUCUCUUGCUGCCCUUAAACAAAGAGCCAAGUGAUUCUCAAGUUUCUGUCUUCCUAUUGGCUGGUUGAUGAUAUUGAUGAUUUCUUAUUGGCUAUUGGGGGAUUGCCCCCCAUCUGUUGCAAUAGUUGCCCUCUGUUGGACAUGGACCAGGUUUGGAUCAUAGGCCAAACCGAUCGAGUUUGAUUCAGGCUUAACCAGGCUGAUCGGACCUCACUGUUGGGCUUUGACUUUGGUUGACCGGCUUGGCUUUGUGGCCCGAGUUGACUUGGGCCUGAAUGGACCUGGUUCUAUUACUUUUUUAUACUUGGUCAUUCGGGUUGGACCUGACUGCUGAGUUUGAUUUGACUCUUUUAAUUUUACGCUAGUAAUUUAGCUAUUGGAAUUUAAUUUAUGUUUAUUGUAAUUAUUAUUUGGUAAUUAUAAAUUUAUAAUAUAAUUGGGGUAAAUUGCAAGUUUGGUCAUUGUGUUUACUAAAAGGUUUACGUUUGGUCACUGUAAAUAUUUAAUUUCAUUCAUGGUCAUUGAAAUUAGUUCAACAGUUCAAGUUUGGUCACUCUCCAUCCAACUCCAUUAUCUCUAUCUUAUGUGGUGGUCAACUCUCAAGUUGACCGUUAAAUUAGUGACGUGGCAAUUUAAAAUUAAUAAAUUUAAUCAUUUACA